CACACACAACUAAACUUUCUUAAUACCACUUACCUUUUUAAAAGUCAGAGUGGCAGGUACUAAGUGGGGGAGAAGAAUGUUUCUGUCUCUUCCAACGUUGACUGUCCUUAUUCCGUUGGUCUCUUUAGCAGGACUGUCCUACUCAGCCUCCGUGGAAGAAAACGUCCCACAGGGCUGCACUAACACAGCCAGCCUGUGCUUUUAUGGUCUGCUCCUGCCCAUUACCAUACCAGUUUAUGUGUUCUUCCACCUUUGGACUUGGAUGGGUAUUAAACUCUUCAGGCAUAAUUAAUACAACCAGAGCCAAGAGGACAUAUAUGUCAUGUCUAUCUCUGAAAGCUCAACUACAUGGAAAUACUGGAAACCCACUUAAAUUGCAGGAAAGGUGCUUUGCCUUGCUUCUCUCAGAGGUUUAGGACUAUGGGAGGCCUAAGCUGCAGAAGUUUCUUUGGUAUUUUUUGUUCUGCCCUUGUUUUUUGAAAAUUCCGAUUAAUAACUCCUGUAUCAGAAGAAACACUUAAGCAGUUUCUUGUUGGAUAGUAACAGUCCCAACCAUCACCUGAUGACUUUCUUACCCUAUUCAUCUAAAAAUUAGUAAUUAAAAUUUUUAUAUGUUUAUUUUAAAGUAUUUGGCAGAGUUACAUGUUAAGGAUGACUAAAAUAAUUCAUUCCAAAGGAGUUGUUAUGUUGGAGUAGUUGUAGAGAAACGUAUUUGAGCUAGUGUGCUAUAAAACUAUAAUAAAAGGGAAACUUCAUGUACUUGCAAACAUGCUGAGUUUGUAAAAUUAUCUUCGUUUGUCAUCAAAUGCUUACAUUAGUAAUAAAACAAGAUGACACUUUUCCAUCAAAAAAACAAACAAACAAAAAA